UCGGUCAAGUGGGAACGAUGUGAUAACCCCGCGGCUUGAUAAGUCCCGAUGCCGAGCCUGGAUUGUACGAAGUGGUGUGAUCGCGAGAUCUCGACUUGGAAUCAGUCAAACAUUUCCCACCUCGCCGGCAAGAUGUGGUCCUCUACGAGUGUUUUAAUGGUCUUAGGAACUCUUACUUUGGUCGAGGGUAACGUGCGGUUCUACUUCUCCCUGGACUUCCAUGUGAAGCAGCCACCUAACGCGUCAGACACCAUCGACAAGACCAUUGUGGUGGAGAACAAUCAGAUAUCAAUGGUGGACAAUGAGGGAACGACUACCAGGUCUCCGAUGGCCCAAUGGACGGAUCAGGAUCGGUAUAAUCAGGACACUUUGCAGAAGGUGAUCGAUACGCGAAGAUCUGUGCAGCAGCUCAAUGCGGAGCUGUCACCCCUGGCGGGCAGGAGUUCCGAUCUGGCCAGGAGAAUCAAACUGAGUCUUCGUUAUGUCAACGAAGUGGAUGCCGCCCUUGAGGAUUUGACCAACUUUGGUCAGCUGGUGGAGCUGCUUAGAAAGUUCGUUGCUUUAGUGGAUAACCUAAGGGAUCCAAACAAUUUCGGUGGAGUACGCAGCCUUGAGUACGUACUCCUGAAGCUAGCUCUGGAGAAGUACGAUCUUCCCAAUAAGCGACAGGAGAUCGGGGAAUAUUUAGGGCAGGCGGAGAGUGCCUGGCAGAGAUAUCAAAACACGCAGGUGGUUCUACUGGAUAACUCCACCUGAGCCGAACUCAUUUGCCCAGGGCUCUUGGUCCCUCAGACCAUGCUAGGAAUAUAGUUUUAGGAUAGGACAGGACAAAGACCAGCAUCAUUGGACAAAACAAUCUCUGCACGAUCAUCUACUAGGGCGGCACGGCCCUUGAAAGGCAUAAAAGCCAUCGAAGGGACUUCCUGCCUAUUAUACUAUUUCACUGAAAUGCCCAGAAUUGCUACAGGUACAAGAUUGGAGAGAGUUCCAGGGGUAGAAAACAUAAACCUCCUCCGGUGCCCGGUUUCGUUAAGGCAGGAAAAUACGUUACACACGAUGGGAAUGCCUGAAUACACUGUUAAAAAUGGUUUAUUAAGCAGAUGAUUACACUAUAGGAAUAAGAUCUUGAAGUAUAAGCAGUCUUAAAAAAUAAGUAUGUAAAAAUUUUUAAUUAAUCUACAAUCUUUUAGAAAAAUCAAA